UAAAAUUAUAUAUUUUCGUUUGAUGAUUUCAUGGAAUUUAAGAAGCAAUUGCAACAAACACAGCAGACGUCAUCUCCAGUAGAGCAAAUAAAUGAAAAUGCAGUUGCUGGUUGCUUGAUUGCCAAGGAUGAGUUAAGUAUUGAAGAACUAACAUUUGAUACUGAGGAGAAAAAAUGUCGAGGUCGCACUGUUGGUUCCCAAAAAAAAAGAAUAUGUGGCGCACCAUACAUACCACCCUUGCAGAAUUAUGAAAACAAAACCAACAUUGCAAAAGUGAAGCUGCUGUUACAUCUAUUGGUGAAUAACGACAAAAAUACGAUGUACAUGAAUCUAACUUGAGCGAAGAAAAGCCCUGGUAUUGUGACUAUUGCGUUCAUUUAUUUAAAUAAUCGACAUGCCUUGUACGCGAUUUGCACAAUGCAAUGCAAAAGAUACAAAUAGUACUUAUAUUUAUUUAUUUUAACAAACUCUUAAAAUUACUUUGAAAAAUUUACUGAGCAGUCAUUGCAAAAUAUCGAAUUAAUAGACGAAUGAAUAUGUAGAACUAAGUUUUAUGUAUAAGAUUUUGUUUCAUUUUUAAAGACUAGUUAUUGUAUUAACUUUUAUAUUUCAAUAAGGUGUUCUUUUAUCUAGAUUUCAAUUUCAAAUUAUGAAGUACAUCUGUAUGUGAAUUAUUUUUUAAAUUCAACUUAAAUUGGCAACAUAUGUAUUUGUAUGCAAUAAAAGUAAAUUAUUGAGUCAAUCUGCAUGAUUGGCAAUUGUUUGAGCUAUCAUAGCUCAUUUAUAUUCUUUCCUAGGAUAGAAAGUUUUAAGUAUUUAUAGUCUGAUUCAUUUAGAGCUGUGUGUACUAAAAAGCGAACUUUCAAUUUAACCAGGCAAAACUUUGUGUAAUUUAUCAGCUACGAAUAAUUACUUUUUAAAUCAUAUUUUGAUGCGCAAGAAAUUUGAUAUGUAUUAUAACAUAUAAAAUAAAAAUAGGUAAUAACCAUAUAAAAUGCAUACAUAUAAAUUUGUAGAUACUCUUUUAAUUUUUGAUUAAAAAAUCCUCAUGCCAUAUAAAUGUUUCCCUCUAUAGACAUUGCAUUUUCGAAUUGCCUUGGAUAACCUAUUAAUUUGUCAAUAUUUCUGCCGUCUGCUAUCGCGGGUACAACCAAUAAUAUAGGUAUGGCGCCUUCACGUUCAAUUUCCGUGCCACCUUUACACGCGUGCGCAAUACAAUUUUUAGAGGUUAGCGUAUACGCUAUUUUUUGUUAGCUGAAAAAAUACAGUUUUUCGCGCACGCUAAAGUUGUUGCGUACGCUCAACAAAAAUUUAAUCGCAUCUCUAAAAGCAUUUUCCGGAAGGAUUUCUAAUCGUCGCGUACGCUUAUUUCACCUUCGCGUACGCUAAUUUUACCUUCGCGUACGCUUCAGAGGCCCCCUAGAGAGACUCUUAUUUUACCAGCCAUGUAGAUUACAGCAAUUUUAUACUCUAAUCCAUCAUUUUUGUCUUUCAAUAUAUAACUUUUCGUCUUGCUAAAUGGUUUCUUUUUAAAAUUAUACAAAAUUGAUGAUGCAGGAAGUUUAGCUCUUUCCUCUAGCUUAGUGCCAGUUAAAUACUGAAUGUAUGCAUACUCAGGCAUCUUAUAUAUAUAGAUGUAUAUCCUAUAGAUGUUAUUAAUAAUAGUCGAUUACGUCUUGUGUGUAUGUUGCAAAUUUAUCUUAUAACUAACGUACGCAAUUUAUCUUAAUAAAUAAUUUCGCAGAUCCACAUAACCAAAAUAUGUCUGGAUCAGAUCGUAGUUGUACUAGCAAAACUGAUAGUAGUAGUAGUAGUAGUAGUAGUAGUAGUAGUAGUAGUAGUAGUAGUAGUAGUAGUAGAAGUAGUAGUAGUAGUAGUAGUAGUAGUAGUAGUAGUAGUAGUAGCAGUGACGACGAUCCUGCACCAUUGGAUCACAAAACGAUAAAAAGAAAAAAUAGAUUUUUGGAUCCCAAUUUUAAGAUUCAUGAAGUGUCUAGUCAAACUUUAAAGAAAUAUAAGUAAGAUUCACUUCCAAGACAAGGAA